AUGGAUAUGGAGGAUGAUCUUGAUGAUGCUUUACUUGUAGUGCAAAGCAGAGAAGCUAACAAAGCUGUUGACCCUCCUGUCAGGGAUGAUGAAGGCUCCAUAAAGGAUGGGAAGAGAUGGGAUGCUGAAGAGGAACAUCCAACAGAAGUCAGAGAACUGGGUAAAAGCAAAUGGUCAGAAGAUUUUGGUGAAGAUGACCUCUGCCAAACUGAAGGUAUGAAGGGCAAUAUUAAUGCUCUGUCUGGGUUAAUUCAUCAAUAUGGCAAGGAAAGAAAAUCUGUACAUUGGGGCGAUCAGGUUGGCAAAACAGGAUUUUCAAUUGGGACUGCAAGGAAGGUAACCGCAUUGUCUUUAGUGAUUGGGCCCGGUGCUGGAUACAACCUGAAGUCAAAUCCGUUAUCUGAAGAGGAAAGUCCAACCCAAAACAGUGCGGAACCAAAGAAGCACGGCACAUUUCAGGAACGAAUCCGGGCUGAACGUGAAUCAUUCAAAGCUGUCUUUGAUGGGAGACGUCCACGGAUUUGA